AAUCCUCAAACGGGCUGACUUGGCAUUAAAAAAAUGGUCCACAGGUACUGGGCCUUUAAUUGUUUUGCAUCCGGAGCAGCUCCCUCUUUUCCACAGGCAGUCACAGGCCGGGAUCCUGCCGACAACAACCCAGCUACAUCUGGUGCGUUAUCAAGUGCGCUGCUGCGGCUGUCCAGUGGUCCACUAUGGCCCAGAACCAGGUGAUCCUGCAGUUCCGAUUCGCCACGUUCGGGGACUCCAUGCUGCAGAAGAUGAACCUUCUCCGACACCAGAGACGCUUCUGCGACGUCGUCGUCCGCAUCAACCAGCUGGAGGUCCCCGGCCACAAAGUGGUGUUUGCUGCCGGUUCAUCUUUCCUUAGGGACCAGUUCAUCCUGCAGCAGGACUCCAGGGAGGUCCAGAUCUCCAUGAUUCAGGAGGCGGAAGUGGGCCGGCAGCUGCUGCUCUCCUGCUACACCGGCCAGCUGGAGUUCCCUGAGCUGGAGCUCGUGCAUUACCUGACGGUGGCCAGCUUCCUCCAAAUGGGCCACAUUGUGGAGCAGUGCACCCAAGCCCUCAACAAGUUCAUCAAACCUCAGGCCUCACGCCAGCUGGAGGUUGAUCUGGACCUGCGGCGGGACAAGGGAGGCGAGGGUCCUUCCUCCCAGGCUCACAAGGAGCAGGAACGGUCUCAGGUGCGGACUGUACCUGAGGGAGAGGAGGAGGAUGAAGAGGAGGAGGAGGACGAUGCGGUGGUGAUGGGCCAGGUUGAGAGAGACAAUAAUGUCGAGAGCGACGAGGACGACGAGGACGACGAUGUCAUAAUCCAGCCGUCCGUGAGCCCCCUCCAGGUGUGGCGGAGGCGGCCGAGGCCCGGUUUGGUGGAUAACGACAUCACCAUAGUGAAAGUGGAGUCUGUGACCGACGUAGCGGAGAACACCAUCACCGGCCACUUCUCCGCCAGCCCCCCCGCCGCCAUGCACUCCCCGGAGCCGCAGCACUCGCUCAUCAACUCCACCGUGGACAGCCGUGGCAGCGAGAUGGUGGCGCCGCCGGGCAUGGCCGGUUACCCGCUCAGCCCGCCUCCCUCGUCCCCGCUCGCCGAGAAGCACGUCGGACACCAGCGGAGCUACGACAAGCCUCUGCAGUGGUACCACCAGUGCCCCAAGUGUGCCCGGGUCUUCCGGCAGCUGGAGAACUACGCCAACCACCUCAAGAUGCACAAGCUGUUCAUGUGCCUGCUGUGCGGGAAGACCUUCACGCAGAAGGGCAACCUGCACCGGCACAUGCGCGUCCACGCCGGCAUCAAGCCCUUCCAGUGCAAGAUCUGCGGCAAGACGUUUACCCAGAAGUGCUCGCUGCUGGAUCACCUGAACCUGCACAGCGGGGACAAGCCGCACCGCUGCAACUACUGCGAAAUGGUGUUCGCUCACAAGCCCGUGCUGCGCAAACACCUCAAACAGAUCCACGGCAAGAACAGCUUCGACAACGCAAAUGAGGGCAGCCUGCACGAGGGCGGCCUGGAGUUUGAUUUUGGACGAAUGUAAAGUUUUUUUGUUUUUCAAGUAAGGUGAUUGAGUUUUCAAAGAGCCUCACUGUGGUCAGCCUUCACAGUCGACAGCAGAAGUUUACAUACACCGCAAGAUUUCCCCCAGAUAACUUGCUAAGCCUGGUGGUUGGGAGCCAAUGGCCAGUCGUGUUUUUCAGUUAAAACACCAACAUUAACGUCUUAAAAAUGCAUACAUUAUAAAAAUACUUUAAGUAAAUAAGCAGUGCUUAAAACACUGGGGGAAACCCUGCACCGCAUAAAAAGACAAACAGUUUUUUUCUUACUGUCUGAAGUUAAAUCAGACCAAAUGUCUCUUGUUUCAGGUCAGGUAGAAUUGCCUGAAUUAUUUCUAUUAGCUAAACAAGAAAAACUUGGCAAGAAGAUUUUUUUUUCAUAACGUUUUUCAAACACAGAAGUUUAAAUACAGUUGAUCAGUAUCAGGGAUCCUUUUUUUUUUUUUAGCUGCAUGACUUAAGUCAAACCUUUUGGGUUUCCUUCUGCAGACCUCUAAUAGAUUAACUGAGCGGACACAUUUGAGUUAUUUGUAGAUACAUGCGAAUGUAUUUUAAGGCCGCAUCUGAAACCUGCUGCCUUCCUGUUUGACAGUAGCCUGGUAAAGUCCCGCUCCUUAUUCUACACUUCACUUCGUACAACAGGUCUGGAAGGUCAAAAGAAAUCAGCCACGAUAUCAGGAAGAGAACUGUAGAGCUUCUGGUUCAAUGCGGGAACAAUUUCCAGAUGUUAGGAGUCGCUGCUUUCGUGAAACAUGGUGAAUGGCCUGUGCUGCUUUUUAUUCAGCCCAGAGAAACCCAAAGCGCUUUAGGGGGAAUGCGUUAUGCCGGUUCUGUUAGGAGGAACUAAUCAGAACUCCAGAAAACUGUUGUGAGACAUUUGAGCAAGAAAACCCAAAAGAUUUAACUCAACUCAUACAGUUGAAAAACAAAAACCAGUCAUAGGGGGCAUCUUCCUGAAGGACUGGUGUGGACAUGUCCCCACCAACUGUGGCAGGAAGAGGACAGUCCAGACCAAUAUUUCCUGCAUCUUUUUUUUUUCUUUAUGCAACGUUGUAUUCAAAGCAUUAACAGCCAGGUAACGCUUUUUAAAAUUCCUUUGUAAAAUGUAAAUGGCAAGUACGCUCAGUGAUCUAGUGCAGUGGUCUCCAACCUUUUUAGUACAGCGGACCGGUGUGAGGAUCGAAAGGGGUGGGGGUGCGCGCGUUGUGAGCUGGCGCAAGACUCAACCCUCGGCAUCCGGUGUACGAUUUUCAAAAUAAAAGCUCCUCCAGACUCAAUACAUAGAACGGACAUAUUUAAUUAUUUCUUGCGCGGCCCGGUACCGGUGGUUGGGGACCACUGAUCUAGUGGAUUGAACGUCACGUGACUUACUGCGCGCGCCGUGGCAGUGAGCCACACGCGCUGCUGCUUUGCAUUGAGUCAGGAAUAUCGGUGGUCGGGGAAAUGACACAAUCAAGCAAAGAAUCUGAGAAGGGGACGCAAAGUUUUCAUAUUGUCAACACAAAGAUAGCAAGAAAACAAGGUCCAAAGGGAUCACAUUUCACCGGUCAGUAAAAAGCUUUAAUUAAAAUAUAUACAUAUGAAGAAAGUGGAGAGUAAGUUAGUCAUGCUAGCUUAACUUUAAUCACCUUAACAUGUGCUCUCGCUGCGCAGUUCGGAGUAUUUCCUGACACAUAAUCAGGAGUUUAGGUGUUUAAAUUAGCAAAUCAACCACCGCCAGUGUUCAGGCGAUCACUUCGCGAUGAUCGCAAAAUGGAAAUUCAGAAACAUAAAUCUGCAACGGACAGAAUGUUCUGUUUGUUUGUACGUCCGUUUUUGUGCGGUAAAUGUUUUUUUUUGUUUUUUUUUUUUGUUUGUUUUUUUCAUUGUUAAUUUCUGACGUAUUUGAACGUAUUCUUUGCUCUUCGCUCCCGGGGCUGUUGUAUAUUGGUUGCCGUGGCAACGAGUCUGCGCGUGACGUUAAGCUGACUGUGAGAAAAAAAAUAAUAUAACCACCUGUUUUUCUACAUUUUCCCCCCUGGACAAAUUGCAUCAUUUGUUCGUAGAACGUGGCGAUAUUCAGAUCAAUCGUUAAAUAGGAUGAAAUAUUUCAUAAAAGCUUAUAGGAGCCAAAGUUUGUUGGAUUUUAAAUCAUGGCUCCUAUUAAGUAAAAUUAAAUUAUGGGCCAUUAUAAAGAGAAAUUCGCUUUGUUCUCUCUUGUUUCUCGCACUGACAGAAACCAAACUCUAGAUUUAUUAGCAGAGAUAAUAUAUAUUUUUACAAAUCCAAACAUCAGCACCUCAGCUUUAAGCCACAUUUUAUAGAAUCCAGUAAUAACUCUAUUCACCAGCUGCUCCAACCCGACCCAAAAAAGGUUUUGCAUCUUUAUUAUUUGCUAUAUCAAAGACGCAUCAUAUCAUAAUUUAUUGAAUAAGACUGUCUGGCAUUCACAUGUAAGUUUUGGCUUUAUUCCUAGCAUUAGAAAAGAGAAGGUCUUCCAGUGACUGUGGCUCCUCUGUCCCCACCAACUUGCAAGACAAAAUUACACCCUUGAAAACAGUUACCCCUGAUAUUGACCAAAUGUAUGCAAACCUCUGACUUCUGAGUUCAAACAAAGUUAAAAAAAAAAUAUAUAUCUCCAAAAGAAAGUCUUGCUGCAUUUUUUGGCAUUUAGCAAAUAGAAAUAAUGUUGGUAAUUCUAACUAGCCUAAAACAAGAAAAGUUUGUUCUGAUUUAACUUUCGACAGGGAAAAUAAAUUGUUUGUGUCUUUUUAUUCUGUGUAAGUAAAUGUCAGGUUUCGGCUGUGUGCUUUAAAACGGAGAGAACAACCAUAUCGGCACUUCACCAUGGCUUCAAUAAUGUGGACUGUUUUUUUUGUUGUUGUUGUUUUUCUGUGUACAAUACAGUGCAGAUGCCUUUGUGUCAUACUUGAAACUUAAACACUGAACCACAAACAAAAAUGACUGAAGAUCUUCUGGUAAUGAAUCCUGGCCUGUGUGUGGUCUGUUACCUUAAAACAAAAACAAAAAAACACAAAAACAAAAACACUGCAAAAUCAAAUGUACAGUAUCUGUAUAUUGUGCUUAACAUAUGUAACUGUUUGUUAUUAUCUGUAUGAUUAUGACAACAGGAAAUUCAUUAACAGAAGACACUUGAAGGAGCGUUGGUACUAAAAUGUUGUUCUGCAGGAUGUUUCUGUCGUUUGUGGAGCUAGAAACCGUUUGUAUGACAUGAGCUGUUUUCUGUAGGUGUAAUAUCCGAGGUAACAUUGGACCAAAAUGACAUUGUCUUUGUUCUUUGUUCAUGAAAUUAAAAGUUCUCAGAAAAAAAUAAAACUGUAAACAUUG